GAUAAUCUCAAGUGAAUAUGUGGAUGAGAGGAGUCCAUCUAUGCCAAACUGUGUCUCUUUCUCUGUUGAUAAUUCCCAUUCCAAAAGGAGCUGAGUGGGAGAGAGGAGAGAGAUGGAAGAGGGAUUGUUGUUAUUGAAAGAGGAGAGAGAAGAGAGGAGAAGAUGGGUAUGGGGUGAGUUGGGGGAAGAGGUGAAGAGGCUGGGGUGGAUAGCAGCACUGAUGGUGGUGGUGACUUUAUCACAGAACUUGUUGGAAGUUGUUUGUACCAUGAUGGUUGGCCACCUCGGCGAGCUUUCUCUCUCUAGCUCCGCUAUCGCCCUCUCUCUCGCCGGCGUCUCCGGCUUCAGCCUUCUUUUAGGGAUGGCUUGUGCUUUGGAAACUCUAUGUGGGCAGGCAUAUGGAGCUCAACAAUACCAAAAACUUGGAACUCAAACUUACGCUGCUAUUUUCUCCCUAGUCAUAUUUUGUCUUCCUCUCUCCAUAUUAUGGAUUUUUAUGGGAAGAAUACUCAUUUUCAUAGGCCAAGACCCUUGGCUUGUUCCCGCCCUCUUUGCUUAUGCGAUUCUUCAACCGCUUGUUCGAUACUUCCAAAUGCAAAGUUUGACACUUCCCAUGCUUAUAAGCUCAUGUGCCACUCUUGCUUUCCACAUACCUCUUUGUUGGGUUCUAGUGUUUAAGUCCGGAUUGGAUAACCUUGGAGGUGCAUUAGCAAUUGAUAUUUCGAUUUGGUUGAACGUGAUCUUCCUCGUAUUGUACAUGAAGUACUCUUCUUCUUGUGAAAAAACUCGGGUCCCAAUUUCCAUGGAAGUGUUAUGGGGAGUUGGCGAGUUCUUCAGUUUUGCCAUUCCCUCCGCUGUUAUGAUUUGUCUUGAAUCGUGGUCAUUCGAGCUACUUAUCUUGCUUUCUGGGCUUUUACCAAAUCCACAGCUUGAAACUUCUGUAUUGUCUGUAUGUCUCAAUACCAUUGCAACACUCUAUGCAAUACCCUAUGGAUUUGGUGCUGCCGUGAG